AUGAAAGAAAAGGAGCCCUGGAAGCGAUUGCUAUGGAUUAGACAGGACUAUCCAGAUAAUUAUACAGAUCCCAACUUCCUAUUAUAUGCGGAAAAGCUUAAAGAAAAAUCUAAAAGGCCACCAGAUUUUGAUUAUGAUUAUUCACAAAUACGAGCAGAUUUUUUAGAACUUUAUCAUAUGGUACUGAAUACAUGCUUCAUUUAUAUCACAUUCACGUAUAUCAACUACUACGAGUACAAUCCAAUUCCAGUCACAUGCAUUGUGACAUUUUUUGUAAUACUAAUUUCCAAUCACAAAUCUGAGGAAUUGGCAUCUUUGUUAAAUUUCAAAUCGUCAAUGAUAAUGGCAUUUACAAUAUUAACCUUAUCACCGGUGUUGAAAUCACUUUCCAAGACUACGGCAUCUGAUUCCAUUUGGACGUUGUCCUUCUGUUUGAACAUGUUCUAUAUAUACAGUUUAUCCUCAUCUCCGUCAUCAGUUAUGGACGGCAGGGGGGAAUUGAUACAGAAUGAAAAACAGUCAAAUUUAUCAACAAAUAUUUUGUUAGCAAAUGCUGCUGUGCUGGCCUCUAGAUUGAUCUCUACAACACAAGUCUUUUGUUUCCUAUUGAUUUCUGUGCAAGUUAAUAUAAUAAUACCGAAUUUACUGAACAUUUCCAAUUUCAAGAUAUCAUUAUUGACCAAUCUGAUUGUGUACUCAUCUAUUACGAUGAGACUUGGAUAUAAAGCUGCAUUUAUCUUUUUAUUAAUCUCAUUAGCAUCGAUUAUCAUCUUACCGAGACUAUUCUACUACUGGCAAGUUCACUGUAAACGUAAGGAUUACGAAGUGUUGAGUCUAUGGGAUACUAAAGUACCGAUCCUAAACUAA